AUGGUACCAGAUGUGAGGGUUAAUGAAGAAUAUCAAGUCCAAGCAGUUGAUUUCUGUUUUUUACAUCGUGGAGAAUCAUGGCAGAUAAAUAAGCUAUUGGAUAUUGCUCGAUCAGUUGCCAACGCAAACAACAAUGAUUACAGUACAUUGGAAUACUUGCUUGACCGACUAGAAGACCUAAAAUAUGCAAUUCAGGAAAGGAAAGUGGAUGCUCUUGUUGUUGAGACCUUCGGGAGACGUAUUGAGAAACUAUUGCAGGAGAAAUAUGUAUUACUUUGUGGGCACAUUGAAGAUGAAAAAGUGGAACCAUCCAAUACCACAGGUGAUGAGGACAGUUCAACAGAAGAUGAUACAAGUCGUAGUGUGCGUGCAAGCCCUAUAAACACAGUGUCCAAGGAUCGAACAUCUAUUGAAGAUUUUGAAAUUAUAAAACCAAUCAGCAGGGGAGCUUUUGGGAGAGUUUUCCUGGCCAAGAAAAGGGCAACAGGUGACGUAUUUGCAAUCAAGGUUUUGAAAAAGGCUGACAUGAUACGGAAAAAUGCAGUAGAAAAUAUAUUGGCCGAGAGAGAUAUUUUAAUAUCAGUCCGCAAUCCUUUUGUGGUCCGCUUUUUUUACUCCUUCACAUGCAGGGAUAAUCUUUAUCUGGUCAUGGAGUACCUAAAUGGUGGGGAUCUUUUCUCAUUAUUGAGAAAUUUGGGCUGCUUAGAGGAAGAUAUGGCACGUAUAUACAUUGCAGAACUAGUUCUUGCAUUGGAGUAUCUACAUUCUUUAAAUAUCAUUCACAGAGAUUUGAAGCCAGAUAACUUGUUGAUAGGUCCGAGCGGUCACAUCAAGGAGCGCGCUGGAGCACCUCGAGCCGGUGGUGGUGCUGGAGCUGGGGGCCUUCUGGGGCUGACCCCUCCCGAAAUUGACCUCAGCCCCUGCUGGGGCACCUCUGAACUCUUUGAGAUCUGGCCCUCUUGUCCUGCUUCUGCUGCAACUCUAUCUACCCCAAACGGUACCCUCAAUUCGGCGGGCAAUCUCAAAUCGCCGUCCACAGCUGGCCUAGGCUGGGGUGUCGCUGCAGCAAUUAGCUGGACCCCCUCUGCGGGUAAGUGCACCCGGAGUAUGAAUAAACUGUGCUUGCAUGAUCUGGAGCCUGUGCGGUAG